CCGCCGUAGCGUACAAACGGAAACGGCGAAAAACCCCGUACGGUCGCACUGCGCGUACCCCGUUGAGCAGCCGCGUCAGUAACAGCGAACGAGCGUGCGCAUAUCCUCUCGCGCGUGUCCAGGUGUCCUACAAACAUCUAACGAGUGUUUGCACUCCAUACGAUUAAAUAUUAUUAUAAUUUUAUUUUUCAAACUACGACGUGCGGUAAACACGGAAACGCCGCUAAACCAACGAUAGGAUUUCGUUUCGGUACACCGUUGUCGUCCCGUCCUACGCCGAUCGCGCGCGAAAAAUCGUCGAGGCUGCAUCGCGUAACGGUUUUUGGGCGCUCGCUUGGUGAAGCAUACCUUUGGGUCAACCUUUGCGUCUUUCCCGUCGGCUGAUAGUGCGUCGGACGCCGCCGCCGUCGCCGUUUGUCCGCGGCGGACGCCGACGACGACGACGAAGGAGACUGCGACGACUGUGAACGGACCUUCCGGUUCGUCGCCGCCGCCGCCGCCGCCGAGCGUGUGUGUUAAAGUGUUUCGAACGUUCAACGAGUGCCGGCGCGUGCGUGCGUGCGUGCUACCGAGCGACAAUAAUAAUAAUAAUAGUAAUAUCAUUUAAUAUUAUGUGCAAUAAAGCCGCUGCAACUACAACUACGCGGACGGUCGGCGGUAUUUUUGCGGACCAGACCGAUUAUCGUUAUUGCGCAGUUGUCGGAUUAUAAAGAGGAAAAAUGAAGGAAAAGGAGAAUGCCAGUGUAAGUUUCUCCCAAUGGCAGACAUGGGUCUUGGACGCAGUAAAUAAAAUUCGUGGCCAAAAGCAGCGGCCAUCCUUGGAACGUAUUGUGAAUGCAAUUCGCCAGCAUCAUCGUUACCCUGUAGGGGAUAUUGAAACACAAGUUGAACGAUGUGUAGAAAGUGGAGCUGUGUUGAAAGUCUUCAACAAAGGCCAAAAUACUUAUAUGAACCCUUGUGGCACUGCAAAUCGUAAACUGGUUAUUAAUGCAGAUACUGAUUUAACAAAAAUUUUGGUGAAAGUAGUUAGCCAAUUAGAUGAAGAGGGCUCAUCGUAUAAGAACAUUGAUCGGUACAUUCAGCAUGCUUAUUCUAUAGAACUAAAAAAUGAAGGAUGUGACUUGACUUCAUUACUCAAGUCAACAUUGACCAAGGCAGUUGAUAAAGGUUUAUUGGUGUUGGAUGGAAAAUUAUAUAGGUUACCUGUCAGUCCAGAUUCCACUACAUCAUUGAUUGGAACACCAGUCUUAAAAUAUAGUUCUGGAAGAAAAGCACGGUUGCUUAAAGUUGAUUCAAAUGAAAUUGAAACAACCCCCCUUUCACUCCGUAGAGCUGGAAGAAAACGGAAAAAGGUAUCUGUUUGUGAUACUAGUUCACUGACAGAUCAUGAAGCCAGUGACAAAGAAUUAAAUAAAGCUUCCAGGAAUAUCUGUGCAGAUUGUUUAGGUACAUCGGCAAGAAACCAAUGUGGUGAAGCGGAAUCAUUAAAACAAUGUAGAGGUGGUUGUGGUGUUUCAUUGCAUCCUUCUUGUUUAGCUAAUAAAUGUAGUGGCCCUUUGACUACUUUAUUAGCUCGUGGUUCUCGAUGGUUUUGUCAGGACUGUAGAACGUGUUCGGCAAUACCAUCAUGUUCGGUGACUGAGCAUAUGUUUUUGUUAAACUGUGAUACAUGCGAUCGAGGUUAUCAUAUGCAAUGUCUACAACCUCCGGUUGUAGAUAAACCAAAAUUGGCAUGGAGAUGUUCAUUUUGCUUAGAUCACCACGACACCACCAUUUCUAUGGAGGUAGAACCAUUUGAAGAGCGAAGGGGUAGGAAAAAGUCAAGUCUUAAAAACCAAAGGUCUAGCCGUGGUCGAAGUCAACACUUAAAGGUUCAAGAUCUUAAGCUUGGAACACCAUCCACUUUGAGUUCAAUGAAUCAACGUGAUGUCACGGAAGACGGUAAUGUCUCCUCUCCUGACUCCUCGGCUCCCCCCUCUCCCGUUCCGAUUAGCGGCAGUGUGCGGCGGGACACUGCUAUCUCCAAGGAGAAAGCAAAAUUCUUUAGGCAAAGUGCUGCGUUUAAUGCGCGAGGUGUGAACGGGAGAGGAUCUGGUGUGCCGAAAGUCAAUGCCCCCUUAAAUAUGCGCCUUAGCUCUAGCAGCAGUGAUAGCUCCAGCAGCUCGAGUUCAAGCUCGAGCAGCCGGAGUCGCAGCAGCAGUUCAAGUAGCACAACCAGUAGCUCUAGUGAUAGUAGUAACAGCUCUAGCAGCAGUAGUAGCAGCAGUGCGCAUGCUUGUUCUCUUUCUGUGCGUCCAAGCCGGCCCAUAUUUCCUCUCCCGAAAUGUCUCGCCGCAAGGAAUGCCGAUUUUAACAAAUGUCCUUCAAAUGUGUCCUCUAAAAGUUGUAACUCAACAUCUGAGUCGGUUCAAUCCCUUAAAAAAAAUGAACAUCGUUUAAAAAUAAGUAAUAAGCUGAAUGAUCCUAGUGACCUAAAAAAAACUGAUAAAAUUAAUGAUGAUCAAUCUAAAGUAACCCCUAAAGUAUUAUUAAGAGCACCAAAACUAAUUGCUAAAGUUAAUUGUUCACAGCCUAAAAUUUUUCCACUUUCACAUUCCAAAUCAGAUAAUUCAGAUUCACCUGUUUCUCUGUUCAAACAAUUAUUGACAGAGAAUUCAGAUAAACCUUGGGGGUUUGCUGCUUUGGCUGCCAAAGCUACCACUGAACCUAUAAAACCUGAAGUAUAUAAUAGUAAAAAAGAUAAACCUAUUGCUGGGUUUAUUCAACUGAAGGGGUUAUUUGAUGGUUUAAGUCAUUUCUAUUCAACACCAUUACAAUCUCGGACUCGACCUCGAAAUGAAAAAGAUCAAAAAUUAUCCAUCAAAUCUGACCCAAAAGUCACUUGUGCUGAUAAAAAGCUUAAAAUACCAGACAAACAACAAUCUCCUAGUUUUUUGGUUAAGUCAGCAGUAACAUCAAAACUGAUGGAAACUAGAGAAGUAGGAGGAAUAGAGGGUGAUAAAAUGCUUAAUAAUGAUAAAUCCUUAGACAUUUCUCCUUCCGCCUUCCGUGACCAUCUGUCCGUGCCGACGAUACGUCCAGUCACCCGUUCCGUAUUGGAAAAUAUGAGCCGCCUUGUUGCAUCAGACUUACCAUCUGGCGUUUUACAUGAGGAUGUCGAAAUCUAUAAGGAGACAAGAACACGAGCAAUGAAUAGUACAAUUCAAGCACCUGAGUUCAUUACGUCUAAUCAUCCAGUCAGAUGUCCUGCUGCAAUUCAAUUUGGUAAAUAUGAAGUGGAGACAUGGUUUUCAUCUCCUUUUCCACAAGAGUAUGCUAGACUUCCAAAAUUGUUCCUUUGUGAGUUUUGUUUGAAAUACACUAAGAGUAAAUCGGUUUUGGAAAGACAUAUGCACAACUGUAACUGGAGACACCCACCAGCUACUGAAAUUUAUCGGCGUGGAAAUCUGAGUGUUUUUGAAGUUGAUGGAAACGCCAACAAAAUUUAUUGCCAAACACUAUGCCUAUUAGCAAAAUUAUUUUUGGAUCAUAAAACUUUGUACUAUGAUGUUGAGCCUUUCCUAUUUUAUGUUCUGACAAAAAAUGAUGGUUAUGGCUGUCAUUUGGUUGGUUACUUUUCAAAAGAAAAACACUGUCAGCAAAAAUAUAAUGUAUCUUGUAUCUUAACUAUGCCUCAGUAUCAAAGACAAGGGUUUGGACGAUUUCUCAUUGAAUUCAGUUAUCUUCUAUCAAAAAUUGAAGGUCAACCAGGAACGCCAGAAAAACCUCUUUCCGACUUAGGUCAAGUAUCAUAUCAUGCAUAUUGGAAAGCUGUUAUAUUAGAAUAUUUAGACAAACACCGAGACAAUGCCUCUAUUUGUAUUAAUGAUAUUAGCAGUAAAACUGGUUUAAUGAGACAUGAUAUUACAUAUACUCUACAAUCUCUCAACAUGGUUGUUGAAGUCUGUGAGAAAUUGGCAAUUUGUAUUGACUGGAACAUUGUAGAUGCUCAUUUAAAAAGAAAAAAUUCAUCUAAGCAAAUUCCAAUUGAACCAGAAUGUUUAAGAUGGACUCCUUUAAUGCCAGCAUCCAAUUUGUUAGUUUCGCCUGAUGACAAAGACAACCAAGAUUUUGAAGAACCUCUUCCUAUAAAAAUUGAAAUAAUUAAAAGUCCAAUUAAAAAGAAGCGUAUUGUAAGAAGAAUGCCAAUGAUAAAGAAACGUAGGAAAAUGGAUAAGAAGAAGCGUAGGUGUUUAUAUGGCGCCGAGAAAAAACCUAAUUCCAUUCAAUCUAUUGAAACCACAAUAAGUCAAGUUGAAGGAGAACAAAUUGUGAAGAAACAUAAAAAUGGACGAAUAAUCAAUAUUAAAGUAGAAGAUAAAUCCAUUGAAGACCUUUCAACUAAUGAAAAGUCGGAGGCAAAAUGGAAAUCUACUGAAAAAUCAACUAAAAAAGACAAAACGAUUGAAAAGUCUAAGGAGGAAAAGAUUGAAGAUAUUAAAGUUGAAAUAUCAAAUCCUAAAAUUCCAGCCAAAACCAAACAAAGUUCAAUCACAAAUUUCCUUAAGCGUGAAAAUCCAGAUUCCAAAGUGACUGUUAUUCCUAAAAAGAAGAAAAGGAAGUUGCCUCGGGGUGGUAGAUCACGUAAAAGACAAAGAUCUAAAACCCAAAAUGACAGCAUCGAACCUAAAGUCAAGAAAGUUCGAAAAAUUGAACAAGAGUCUUUUGAAAUUGAACCUAUUGAUGAUAAUGUAGAACUACAGCCUGUGAAAAAUGAGAACAUUGACAAUAUAGGCAAUGGUGAUGAGGACAGUACAAAUAUAGAGAGUAAAGAGGAAAAUAAAGAAAUAACUGAAAAAUAUGACGAUGAUGGAGAAAAAGAAAACUUACAAGAAAACAACGAUAAGAGUCCAGAACACAUAAUCGAAGAAAAAGAUGAUAAAUAUACAAAGAUUGAAGAAGAAAAUCCAUUAGAGGAUAAAAUAGACCAAAUGGAUACUGAUGAUGUAUUGAUUGAAAAAUCAAAGAAUGUUAUUGCUGAAUGUUCAAAAACAAAUACAGAUUUCAAGGCUGACGAGAUAACUGUUGAUAAUAUAAUUUGUUCUAAAACUAAUAGUGACAGCAUUAUAAAUUCCAAUGAGGAAGAACCCGAAGAACCCCAAAAUAAAGUAGAUAGUAAUGUUAAUGCUGUAGAAGUAAUGACCAACAAUGACAUUCUAAAAUGUCCAAAUAGCGAAGAGUCUUUUAAUGUAGUCGAUAUGUGUAAUGAUGUUCCUAAAAUAAAACUAUCAGAAUCUGAAAAAGAAUCUUCCAAUAAUGCUGUGGAAUUCACAUGUGACUUAGAGAAGUCUCAGAAAUCUAUUGUGGAUAAUGUAAUAUUAGAAAAACCUAAAGUACAACCUUGUAAUAAUAUUGUGCCUUUGGAUGUGAAGCAAAAUGAAAAUGUGCCAAAUAAUUUUGACAAGACAAAUCUUAUCCAAACUGAAACAAAGCAAUACAAUGACCAAGUUGUUGUAUCGAGUAAAUUCAAAGGAGAUUCUGUUGAGACUGAUUUAAGAAUGUUUGAUAAUUCAGCAACAUGCAAUAGUUUUUCUAAAGCAGAUAUUACUGUACAGCCUCCAAUAUCUUCUAUCACUGAUAAACAGUAUAGUACUUGUUCAAUGGUUACAAAUGAUUUUUGUAAAUCAUCGUCAGAUUCAUCACUGUUAAAUGUUAAACAGUAUGGUGGUGAACCUUUGCCAAAUGAAUACAGUAAAUCAGGGACUGUAGUACCUCCAAAUACAAAACAAUAUGGCGAAGCAUUAUUGAAUGAAUAUAGAAAAUUGGACAUGCAUCAGCCAGAUAUUAACAAGCAAAUGUACAAUAAAGAAGAUUCUGUUGAGUAUUUAAAAAAUUUGCAAGUUAUUCCACCCAUCAAUAGUUCACAGGAAGUGUUUAAGCCUGUGGAACAAUUAAAACCUAAAGUUUCUGAAAAAAAUUAUUCUCCUUCAAUUGUUUCUGAACACUCAAUAGUUGUGCCUAAAUACGACAAUGUCAAACAUGAGAAGCAAUCUAAAAGAACAACACCUUCACCAAAAACUGUGCCAUAUCGUUUGCCCACUGAAGUGCCACAAGUAGAUAAAUCACGGUUACAUGAAUAUUUGCCUACGAUGGGGUUUCUCAACUAUCAAAAGAUAAAUAAUUCUAUAGCUAUGGGCCAUCCAGACAUCUCUAAAACAACAAAGGACAUGUAUACAGACAAAAAAACUGACACUGUUAACAUGAACUUACCCAAAGACAAAGAAGUAAUGAACUUGCCCAAGACUAUGGAUAACAGUCUUUUAUAUUCAUCUGUUAUGCAACAAUCACCAUAUACUGACCAAUCUAUGAUGCACUUAUCGCUCCAUCACCAUUUGGCCCAUUCAUCUCAGUACCACCAUACUCCACCUGUACCUAGUCAGGUGCCGCCUCCUGUUCAUCAGACGAAAUCUCGGAAUAAAAAAAGUGAACAAAGGAGAUUGGCUCAACAGAACCAGACACCCGUUGCACCAUCUUCUCAACAACCCACCCCACCACCAAUACCUAGCCACACACAAUCAUAUCACCAUCACCAUCAAACAGCUACAUACAUGAUGCCACAGCCAUCGCCCUCUAGUCCCUAUCAUCAUUCAGUGAUCCAACACCGAAUGGGUCAACAAGGAGGCACAUGUUCGUCUGCUGAUUUUUACUUAUCCCAUUCUAACCAACACGCAGUUGCUGCAGCUGCACAGAUGGCAUCAUGCAACCUUUCCAAACUUCAACAAAUGACAAACGGAUUGGAUCACCACCGCAGGCACAUCUCUUCGCCUGCAUCCUCACCAGCCUCUUCCCCUGCUAACAUGACUCCACCACCUCAAGCUGCGUCUGCAGCCGCCGCACACUUGCUGCAACAGUCAGCGGUUGCUUAUCAUAAAUUGUACCAACAGGCGGGUCAGACCAAUCAGUCACGCCAGUAUGGUCAUCAAACACGCGGUUCUCCGGCGUCACCAAACGUUGGUCUUAUGACAAUGCAGUAUGGUGCGCCACCUCCUUUUAACGGUUACAGGGUAGCGUCUCAAUCCACUCCACCGCCAUCUGCUGCUAGUUAUAUGAACCAGACGGCUGGACAAUUACAGUACACGACGCAUACACAAGAUCCACACCAUCAGAAUAGUGUGUAUCCCACUUCAGCAUACAACGGCUCGUAUUUACAACCUUUGAACGGGUCCAUGCAUAGAUAAUCUCUUGUUAUAUUAUUACUUUUAUUAUUAACUUUUUUUUAUAUUAAUUAUGAUUAAAAGAUUGUUAUUUACCAUCAUAACAUAUACUUUUAUAUAAACAUACGAAAAAGAAGAAGAGAAAAUGUUACCAGUUUGUUAUAUUAAGAUGAUAACUAAAACACAAAAUUCAUUUUAUACCUUAAGGAAAGUGCAUUUGCAACAGACCGAUUCUUAUCUUUAAGUUACGUUAGUUCACAAACAGUAUUUUUUUUUAGUUGUGUAUGCUAUGCAUUAUUUUUAUUUUUUUAUUUAUCACAACAAUUUGUAUUUAAUUAUUACUCUUUCUUUCUGUUGAUUGUUGAGAUCAAUUUGUAAACGUUACGAUUCAAAAAA